GAAGCCGGAAGCGCGGCGGCGGCGGCGUUCCCCAGGCAGCUGUCGCCGCGCACCAUGCGAGUCCUCGGGCCAAGCCUGUCUGCCGGGCGCCUCCUCCGGCUGCGGCUACCCCCACGGCAGCCGCAGCCGCCAGGACCCCGGCUGUCGAGCGGGCGGCCGGCGGCGGCCGGCGCCCUGGAGCGGGCCAUGGACGAGCUGCUGCACCGCGCCGUGCCCGCGAUGCCGGCCUAUGAGCUGCGCGAGAAGACGCCGGCGCGGGCGGAGAACCAGUGUGCGGACUUCGUGAGCUUCUACGGCGGCCUGGCUGAGACGGCCGAGCGCGCCGAGCUGCUGGGCCGCCUGGCGCGCGGCUUCGGCGUGGACCACAGCCAGGUGGCCGAGCAGAGCGCCGGCGUGCUCCAGCUGCGCCAGCAGCCGCGGGAGCCAGCCGUGCUGCUGCAGGCCGAGGACCGGCUACGCUACGCGCUGGUGCCGCGCUACCGCAGCCUCUUCCACCACAUCAGCAAGAUGGAGGGCGGCGUGCGUUUCCUGGUGCGGCUGCGGGCCGACCUGCUCGAGGCGCAAGCCCUCAAGCUGGUGGAGGGGCCGCACGUCCGGGAAAUGAACGGGGUGCUGAAAAACAUGCUCUCGGAGUGGUUUUCCUCGGGGUUCCUGAACCUGGAGCGGGUCACCUGGCAUUCACCGUGCGAAGUGCUCCAGAGAAUCAGCGAGGCUGAGGCCGUGCACCCCGUGAAAACCUGGAUGGACAUGAAGCGGCGCGUGGGGCCCUACCGGAGGUGCUACUUCUUCUCCCACUGCUCGACACCGGGGGAGCCCCUGAUCGUCCUGCACGUGGCCCUGACCAGCGAGAUCUCCAGCAGCAUCCAGACGAUCAUAGUGAAGGAGUGCCCCCCGUCAGAGACAGAGGAGCGGAACAAGAUCACCACGGCCGUCUUCUACUCGCUGAGCCUGACCCAGCAGGGGCUGCAGGGCGUGGAGCUGGGCGCCUUCCUCAUCAAGCGGGUGGUGAAGGAGCUGCAGAAGGAGUUCCCCCAGCUGGGCGCCUUCUCCAGCCUGUCUCCCAUCCCCGGCUUCACCAAGUGGCUCCUGGGGCUGCUUAAGGCCAAAGCCAAGGAGCACGGGCGGAGCGGACUGCUGACGGACUGCGAGAGUCAGGAGAUCGCCGAGCUCACGGGCGGCCCCGCGCUCGAGACGCUGCAGCCGCUGCUGAGCAGCGGCGAGUGGGCGCAGUCGGAGCGGCUGGCGCGGGCGCUGCAGGCCCCGCUGAUGCGGCUGUGCGCCUGGUACCUGCACGGGGAGAAGCACCGCGGCUACGCGCUCAACCCCGUGGCGCACUUCCACCUGCAGAACGGCGCCGUGCUCUGGCGCAUCAACUGGCUGGCCGACGUCAGCCUCAAGGGCGUCACGGGCGCCUGCGGCCUCAUGGUCAACUACCGAUACUUCCUGGAGGACACGGCUGCCAACAGCACCGCCUACCUCGGCUGCAAGAGCAUCAAGGCCUCCGAGCAGGUCCUCAGCCUGGUGGCCCAGUUCCAGAAGAACAGCAAACUCUAGCGUCACGCUCGCGGAAGCCGUCUGGACUUCCGCCGGCCAGGGAAAUGACGAUUUCCCCCGGGGUGGGGCCGUGGGGUUGUGCACCCAGAGGCACUUCUAGAGUAAAGCGGAGUUGAACUGUGGUCUCUGGCCUGUGGCGGGCUCACACCGGGAGGCCGGGCCCCGGCUUCCACGGCAAGAGGGAAGGCGCAUUACCGCUGGGUGGUGGUGGGUAUCAGUGGCUGCGAGCUGGGUGGGGACGCGGGGCCCUCCCCCGGGGAUUCCGUCAUGACAUCGGCCUGGCCGGCUGCCCUGGCCACGGCCUUCAGAAACCAGCUCUCGUCCCAGGGCGGGGUGGGUGCCAGGCCCCAGGCAGAUGGCCCAGGUGACAAUGGAUGUUCCUCCGAGCUCAGAACACGGUCCAGCCGUGGUCGCCUUAGCUGAUUCUCUCCACUGAUGGCGGCGGGGUGGAGGGCUUGCUGCGUCUCACUCGUUAAAUUUUGGAGAUCAAGACUAUAUGAAAGGUUUGUGAAUGUGCACAAACUUCACUCGGUUAAAUUAUUGGACACGAGAGUUGUCAUCGCCCGGGAUUUAACUUGGAUUAUAGACUCGACAGUCACAGUGAUUCAAGUUCAUAAUGAACUUCAUAGCAGAGAACAGGUUUGUUCUGUGAGGCAUUAAACGCUUGGUCAUUCA